AUGGCUGAAGAUGACGCGGCGUCCGUGCGUGUGGCUGUGCGUAUCCGUCCGCUUAUCGGACGCGAGAAGGUUGAGCGCUGCGAUGAAUGCGUGUCCGUGCUGGAGGACGAGAACCAGAUCGUUAUGGGCAAGAACCGCGCCUUCACGUACGACUACGUGUUCGGCAAGUACGCGCAGCAGAGCGACAUUUGGCGCUGCGUGGAUCCGCUCAUCCGCGCCACGUUCGACGGGUACAACUCGACUAUCUUCGCCUACGGCCAGACAGGUUCGGGUAAGACCUUCACUAUGGGAAGCGGCAGCUCAGUGCACAUUCCGCCUGAGGAUUACGGUAUCAUCCCGCGUGUCAUCAGCUACAUGUUUGACAAGAUCGACACCAAAAUGCAGGAGAACGCGAACUAUAAAGCAGAGCUACGUAUCCGCUUCCUCGAAAUCUAUGGAGAGGAGAUCCACGACCUGCUCGUCACUCUUGGAGACUCGACAGGAGAAAGCAAAGUGAGUCUUCGUGAGGGUGAGAAUGGUGAAGUUCAGGUAACUGGAGCCUCAGAAGCCGAAGUCGUAGACGCAGUUGAGUGCAUGCGGCUACUGGAGCGAGGUACACUCUGUCGAACUACAGGCAGUACGCUCAUGAACGCGCAUUCCAGUCGCUCCCAUGCUAUUUUCACCGUCUCCAUGGUACAGCACGUCCCUAUUGGCGACCCUCCUGCUGACGGCAAACCUUUAGAUGAAGGAGACUACGAAACCAGAAGCUCGUACUUUAACUUUGUGGAUCUUGCAGGUUCCGAGCGUCAAAAGCGGACACAAGCGGAAGGCAAGCGAUUGAAAGAAGGCAUCGACAUUAACAAGGGCCUCCUUGCACUUGGCAAUGUAAUUAGUGCAUUAGGAGACGACAAGAAGCGCGGCAAAGUGCACGUCCCGUACCGUGACUCCAAGCUGACACGAAUGUUACAAGACUCUCUGGGGGGUAACAGUCGGACGCUGAUGCUUACGUGUGUGAGUCCUGCGGACGUCAACUUUGAAGAGACACUUAAUGCUCUUAAGUAUGCGAACCGAGCCAGGAACAUCCAGAACAAGCCUGUAGUCAACCGCGACGAGGCCUCAGCCUUGACGAUGGAGCUGCGUCGUCAGGUGCAAAUGUUGCAGAUGGAAGUGCAUCGUCUGCGCAAUCCUGGAUUAUCAGAAGGUGAACUCAAGAUGGCAACAGUGGGGACGGAUCUCAUUGGCAUGUCGAGCGACUUUGACUCAUUCGGGAACCUCCGGACUCGUGCUGAGAAUGCUGAGAACGAAGUGGCUCGCUUGACUGCCGAACUGAAGCGCGGUAAGACGCAACUUGACCAUUUAAAGGAAGAAAUGAUCGCAGCACAAGCAGAACGUGAUUAUCUGAGACUAUGUGUCGAUGAAAAUGGCGAUGGGAGCUCGAUGUCGCCGGAGGAACGAGAAUCCAAGUCCAAUGUGCUCAAAGAUCAGCUGCGAACCAUUUGUGACUUGCAAGAAAAGCUUCGAGCAGCUGAACGAGACCGUGACAGUGCUGUGAUGAACUUCCCGGGGUCUGUUAGUACCAGUAGUGGCUCAAGUGGCGCUCAACCAUCUACUCCAGUUCCUUUCGCGCUACCUUCUUUGGCUGAGGUUGAUACAAAGGUUGGAAAUGAGCUGCUUGAACGAGCAGAGAAGGAAAUCAAGAGGGAAACGGCUCUGUUGAACAAGUUGAAAGAAGGAGAGAGCGGCGAUGACGCUGGAGGCGACAGUGAAGGCAGUGGAGGUGACGGUGAAGGCUCUGCUGAUGGUAUGGAGGUGGAGGAGGAGAAUCAAGAAGAGGCCGAUCGUAUGCGUGUAUUCCAGCGCCGCCAGCGUCAUCUUGGCGAGUCAGUACAGGACUUGGCUCACGAUAUUUCUUUGAAGGAGCAGCUUGUGCAGAAUAUUCGUCAAGCUCAAGAAAACUACGACCGGAUGAAGAGCUUUUACGAGCAGAAGAUGGCGGAAAUGGUGGAAGAGGUGCGCGCUGCGCAGGUGGGGCGUGAUCAGCUCGUUGAUGAGAUCCAGCAGAUCGAGAAGAAGGCUGCUGCGGAAGGAGAUACGUCGGGUGGGAACGGACGUCUGGCCAAGUUAUCGCGAGACCUGAAGGUCAAGGAAGGAGAGCUUGACGCCUUGCGCAAGAAGCAAAACGACAUGAACCGCUUCAUGGCGCAGAAGAAGAAGAACGAGAUGCAACUGCGUGUUCUGAACUCGGAGAUCAGCAACAUGAAGCGACAGAAGGUGGAUCUCGUCAAGAAGAUGCAAGAAGAGCGCAAGCGCUACGAAGAGGAGGCCAAGCAACGACGUCGUGAGAUUAUGAGUCUAAAGCGAAGUCAGCAGCGUGAUAAGCAGCAAAUUCUGCGAUUGGGAUCGCAGAAACUUGCGCAGGAACGAGUACUUAAACGGAAGAUGGAGGAGGUCACGGCAGCCAAGCAACGACUCAAACAGCAGCAACAAUUGACUGCUCAAGCGAGGAAAAUGAACGCUUCCCACGGUCGUAAGAAGAACACUGCGACUCGUGCUGAUCGUGAUGCCAAGUGGCUGUCGGAAGAAGUGAAGAAACGCGCAGAGGAGCAGCAGAAACUGGAGCAAUUGCAGAAGGAGCGGGAGGCUGUGGCGAAGGAGAUGGAAGCGCUCUACGCUCAGCGAGACAAGCUGGAGAACGAGGUGAAGAACUCGAUUUCGUCUCAGACGAACAUUCGUGAUGUAUUAACGUCGCCUAUGGAGAGUUCUCCACCCAGUCGACGUCAUAGCGGUCGACAGCAAACGCUUAAUCCCGCUGAAGAGCAGUUGCUUUAUGACUUGGAAGAGCGCAUUGAGGCUUGUCAAGCCCAACUGGAGUACAAAGAAGAGAAGAUCUCAGAGAUCUCGGACGAUGUACAGGCGGUGGAUGAAGGCAAUGCGCUCGCCAAAAUCGAGAAGACGCAGUCGCUGCCGGAAGCUCGGACGCUUCUGAAAAUGCUCUUCGGUAUGGCAGUGGAUGUGAAGAAGCAGGAUCAACGGAAGGAGCAGGAGCUUGCCAAGCAGCAAGUGGAAAUGACGGAGCUGGUUCGUCACCUGGAGCAAGAACGAGAGAAAACGAUGCAGAUCAAGCAGAGCUACGAGGAAUCGUUACAGCGGGUGGUGAACGGUGGCGCAAGUCCCGACGAUCCGGAGCCUGCAGACGAGACGAUGGAUGAGCGUAGCCGCAUCUUGUUGUCUGUGUCUGAAGAGCGAAAUUCCGUGUUACGGAAGAGAUGCGAGGAGCUGGAGAUGAUGUCUCGUGCGACGGACGAGGAGAAGCAAUUAUUUAGAGACCGGCUGGAACAGGAACAUCAGGAUCUUGUUGCAAGCAGAGAACGUGUGCGAUAUCUGGAAACGAAGUUGAAGAAGCUCAGUGCUGUGGCUGUAGGUGCUACCGUGACACCAGGACGCACGCGGGUCCCAGUAGCAUCAUCUUCAAGAAGCAAGUUCGCCGCCAUUUCGAGUCAAGUGCAGUCAGGGCCGGCUUCCUGGGCGAACGAGCUGGACGAUGAUGAAGAUAUGGGCACAGACGAACAGGAGGAUGACCACGAUGGCUGCGAAGAUGUCCCUAUGCGUAGCGAUGACGACGACAACCGAACCUCUCGCUCAGGACAAGAUCGUCGUCGGUUUAAGAUGGAGCUGGACAUUGUUGGCAACUCGGAGUUUGGCUCACAAAAGGGUCGUAACUCUGGUCGACGUGGGAAGGACGACAACGACGAGGGAGCAUACGAUGCCACUAAAGAAGACUCGCCACAUGUGGGGAGCGAUGACUCUUCUUCGACCUCAAAGUCGAUUUUCUCGCGACUGUCCAACCCAACGAACUUCACUGGAAUUCACAAGAAUCGCGUGCGAGAGAGUGUGUCCAAGCGUGAGAUUCUGCAAAGCCGGUCGGAGCGGAACCGCUCGAGGCGAUUAAAGGACAAGGGACAGCUCAAACCGUCGCGGUUGGCCAGUACUCCUUCCGAGCAGUUUGUUGGCACCCCCGCUGGCUUCAAGAACCCUCCUUCCGUCAAGAGUAACUCAGUUUUGGAGGUGCUUGCCAACAUGAGACGAGAGAAUGAGUCGGAGCAGUAUGUGAGUUCUUCAGGCUUACGGCAGCCAAUGUCGUACGUCACGACAGACCGUCCGCGCGACUACAGUAGUGAUGACAAUGAGCUGAUGGGUCCUGGUAGCGACGGCUUCACUACGAUGCCCCCGCCAGCCCCAGUUGGCGAUGUUUACUCACGUCUUGCUGGUCAAUACACGGCUUCAGCAAAGAGUAAGCGGCACCAUACGACGACUUCAACUCGUCAUGAGAAAGGAGAUGCUGAAGGAUUAGGGAAAACUGGAAUGAAGCUUGAAGAUGACGGGGGUGAAGAGGACAACUACGUCGGUAGCGAAGACGACUCCAGCUACGACCCACUUCUGGGCGAGAAGAACCUCUUUAUCAAGCAGGUUCACGAGGACUUUAGGGACCGUCUAGCUCAGCAAAACGCUGACACUGAAACCUAG